AUGCCUCAUAUAACUAGUGGUAAUACAAAUAUUCCCAGAGUAAUGAUUGCUGAAAAAGCAUCAGAUCAUAUCAAAGAAGAUUGGACUUCUCCAAACAAAAGGAAGAGAUCGCGAAUGAUCGCUGUUGCGUUUAAAAUUCAUUUGCAGUUUGAAUUAUCUUCAGUUAAGAUGUGCUAUAUGGAUGCUGGUGCUGUUGCCAGUGGAGUAUUUGCACCACAAUGUCCUAUAGCAAGUGUUGGAGUAAUUAAUUCAUUGGUAACCCUAUUAAUUCAGUCUAUAUAUGCGGCUCAGUGUAAUAUUUCCAAUACCGACUAUUGGCCAAAAGAUUAUGCGGAAACAGCUUUAAAAACUGGUCUAGAGGCUUUUGAUUUUGUGGUAAUAGGAGCUGGUUCGGCUGGCUCUGUAGUAGCCAGUCGUUUAAGUGAGAAUCCUAAAUGGAAUAUUUUGGUUUUGGAAGCUGGUGAUGAUCCUCCACUGGAAUCAGAGAUACCUAAUUUCUUUUUCGGUCUACAUAAUACCAAUUACACCUACAGUUACUAUACGGAACCUAGUGAUUCUUCUUGCAAGGCCUUUAACGAUAAUAAAUGCCAUUGGCCAAGAGGUAAACUUAUAGGAGGUACUGGUGGUAUAAAUGGCAUGGUUUUUGUACGAGGUAAUCGUUUUGAUUAUGAUCGCUGGCUAGAGGAAGGCAAUACCGGUUGGGGUUUUGAUAAUGUUUGGCCUUAUUUUAUGAAAGCUAUAACACCAGCAGGAAAUCAAUCUCAUCCCCAGGGUUAUGUUCCCUACAAUGAAUUUCCUCAAUUUGAUGAGGAUAUAUUUUCCAUGAUUUUUAAAGCCUCCGGUGAACUGGGCAUACCCAGAGUGAAGGAAUUUGGUGAAGAUAGUUAUAUAGGUUAUAGCCAUCUUAAGGGUACCAUAGAAAAUGGUCUACGUGUUAGUACUGGUAAGGGCCACUUGGGUAGAGUUGCGCAAAGAACAAAUUUGAAAGUAAUUAAAAAUGCUCAAGUGACCAAAUUAGUUUUUGACAAUAAUGGUACAACAGUUAAAUCGGUGGAAUUUACUAUAAAACAACAAAAAGAACUAAAAGUAGAGGUAAAACGUGAAGUUAUUCUGUCAGCGGGUACUAUAGAUUCCGCAAAAUUGCUAAUGCUUUCGGGAGUGGGUCCAGAAGAGAAAUUAAAACCUUUAAAUAUAUCAGUUAUUAACAAUCUACCUAUAGGAGACAAUUUGCAAGAUCAUGUAGUAAUACAAUUAUUCCUACGCUUAAACGCUAAUCCACCCGAUCAGAAACAAUUGCUCGAUAACAUUUAUCAGUACUUAAUACACCAAAAAGGUCCAUUUACUUCUCAAGGCACUACUUCUCUAGCUGGUUUUAUUAAUACAGAUUUAUCAUCUAACUCUAGCUAUCCUGAUAUGUUAUUUCAUCAUUUUAUUACCAGGCGGGGAGAUGUUAAUGGUUUCGAUUUACUCUUAAAUGGUUUUAAAGUGAAAACAGAAUUCAGACCCUUCUUUAGGGAGUCAAUUGAAAACUAUGAUUUGUUAACUAUAUUUGCCAUAUUAUCUCAUCCAAAAUCAUUGGGAGAUUUAACACUUAAAUCUUCUACUCCUCAAGAUCCACCCAUAAUUAAGGCAAAUUAUUUAACGGCGCCAGCAGAUGUGGAAGUAUUACUGAGAGGUAUGGAUUAUAUAAUGAAGAUGGAGCAGACCGAAGCCUUCCAAGACAAACAGGCUGAGAUUUUACAAAUACCUAUAGACGAGUGUGAUCAAUUUCAAUUUAAAUCCCCAGAGUAUUGGAGUUGUUAUUUUACUUAUUUCUCUAAUACUUGUUAUCAUCCCGUGGGUACGGUUAAAAUGGGUCCGCUGUAUGAUGAAAGUAGUUGUGUGGAUCCUAGACUUAAGAUUAAGGGCAUACACAAUUUACGUGUUGUGGAUGCCUCCAUAAUGCCUCGUAUUCCUAGUUGUCAACCAAAUGCUCCCACCAUUAUGAUUGCAGAAAAAGCUUCAGAUAUUAUCAAGGAAGAUUGGUCGAGUUAUGAUUCUUAAUUGUUAAGAUUUAUUCAAAUUAAGUUGUAAAAAUAUCUUUUGAUUGGGAAUCUAAUAAAAACUCCAUUUAAAAAUUAAGUAUAAAAGUCACUUACGUUAG